AUGGCCAACAAGUUUGGAUUAGGUUCUUUACCUUUAGAAACCAAAAAACCUAACACUACAGCGUGGAUAAAUAAAGCGAAACCUUACUUUGUGGAUCAAAUCGGAGACACUCUUCAAGGUGAUUUAGAUAUGAACAAUUUCAAAGUAAAAGUUGAUUCAAUAUUCUUCAGACAAAACUCAGGAAUUUCAUCUAAUCGUCAAUUUAACGCUCGUAAAGUUCUUCAGUUUAUCAAUGGUACAGAAAAUGUAGAAACUAAAGAAUAUGAAAUUAACGAGGAAAACAGCAAGUUUAAUCACUUAUAUAUUAAAACGAGUGGAAAAUAUAUAGAUAGAUUUAGAAUGUUAAUCAUACCAGUUAAAGAAAAUGAUACUCUUUCAUUGAGUGAAUUUGAUAUGAUAUUGUUAACGGAAACUCCACCAUCAAGUUAUGAUACUUUAUUCGCUUGGGAUUGUGAAACAUAUUCAGAAAGUAAAACGCGUAAAGCUAUUCCUUAUUGCUGCACUUUAGUCAAUAUGGAAAAUCUAAGAAAAAAGUUAGAGACGAUAAACAAUCUCUUUCCAGAUUUAAAGCCGACAGAUCCAAUUCCAGAAGAAUUUUACAAUAAACUCAUGACUAAUAUAGUAGAAAUAUUUGUGGGUAAAGAUUGCAUUGAUCACAUGUUAAAAUAUUUAGGUCAAUAUGAUAGAAGAGAUUAA